AUGGACGAGCGUCCGAUGCUGCGCGGCAUUUUCGCCUUCGAGGACGAAGAGACCCCAGAAUGGCGGCGUGGGGUCAUGUCCGAGACAUCGGGCGGCGUUCCCAAAUUUGCUACCAAGGCAGAGUGCGAGGACUUCAUCCGCAAGCACUGCUGGCGAGGCUCGAACCCGGACUUCCCCAAGCUGCAGCACGUCUUCUCCAUGCUUGUGGACUGGCAUCAGAUUGAAGAGAUCCUCAUGCCCAAAAUCGAGGAGUACGACCUUAAGUACCCACUUGAGCCGACGCCCCCGGUCAGCGCCGACAAUCGCUUCGCGCAGGGCGAGGGACUUCCCAUCGCCCAAGACGUCGACUACCGUGUUAACAUGCCCUUCCAUCAACAGACCAACCGCGAAUCGACAUACAAUACCCUGUAUUACUUGUUCUUCAACAUGCGCUGUGGUAUCUUCGUGAUGAUCCGUCGACGCCGCGUCGUCAUCUUCGCUCCUUUCGCUAACAAAAACUACGAGAACAACUGGGGAGAGAACGUGACGUUCGACAGCUCGGACGGCAGCAUGUUCGCAUAUUACCGCGAGAAACAGCGAUACUAUCGACGCGAAAACAUCAUACCAGACGUGAACAAGUGGUGGGCCAAUGGCAACAUCAUUUGCAACGAACACUGCAGAUACCGCAACAAGGAGGACGAGACGCAGUACUGGGGAGAUCAAUUCCUGACGCAACUGCGAGACAUGCUAGAAGACGCGUGCAAGCAUCGCAACAUUGCUGACUGCGAGUUCUUCAUUAACAAACGCGACUACCCGCACUUAAAGGAAAACCUGAGCGAGCCGUACGGAUUUCUGUUUGACAAAGAUGACCGUAACCCGGACGACGAUAUUCCCCUCACAAAGCACCUUUACGCGACGUAUGCGCCUAUUAUGAGCUUCUACGUCUCCAAGCGCUUCGCGGAUAUCCCUUUUCCAUGCUCGGAAGACUGGGAAGCAGCUACAGGUCUUGUGUUCCCGCAGUCGUUCAGACAUACUCAUUGCGAUCGAUGUCCGUGUCGUAAUUCAGUACAUUGUGAGAACGACUGGGAGUGUUUCUGCGACGUCGGCGCCAAUGGCCGGAAGAGACACGGCAUCGAAGGCGCACGUGACCUUUUUACUGCUAGCAACUUCAGGAAGUUCUACAAACCUUGGGAAGACAAGGUGAAUACUGCUUUCUUUCGUGGUAGUGCAACGGGAGGUGGCACAACGAUUGACACCAAUCAACGUCUUCACUUGGCUCACCUCUCGAACACAUGGAAGAAAGAUACGAUGAUGAAUGGUGAGGCUGAGAGGGAUGGAGAUCAAGAGCUGGUACCGCUUCUAAACGCUGAAGUUACCACGUGGAACCUCCGCGAUAAGAAAAUCGCCGGUAAGCCUAUGACGUUCUUACGUCACGAGAAGUUCAUCUUUGAAGGUGGACGCCAGCAUUUCAUUCCUAUCUAUGAGCAGUCCAAGUUCAAGUACAUUCUGUACGUUGAAGGUCACUGCGCUGCCAACCGGUACGCCUUCUUGAUGCGCUUGGGCAGUGUGAUUCUCAAGGUCGAGUCGCGCUGUGUUGCCGACGAGAUGUGGUACUACCCCAUUCUCAAACCAUUCGAAGAUCACGUGCCGAUCAAAGCGGAUCUUUCAGACUUGGAGGAGAAAAUUCGGUGGUGUCGUGAGAAUGACGACAAAUGUCAACAGAUUGCAGCUCGAGCCAAUGAAUUGUACGAAAAGUUCGUGUCGAAAGAAGCAAUUCAUGACUACAUGGAAGUGAUCUGCAACCGAGUUGCUCAGCGCUUUCAGACGUCGCCGAAAUGGUACACACGUCCUGAGGAUGCUGAUUCGAUGAAGAAGCCCGAAUUUAGCCGUUGUCGCGGAACGUGUGUUGGUGGAGCGAGCGCGCGUUAUUGCAAGCGUUGUCUUGAGAUGAAGGAGGAAGAUGAAGCGCGGGCGAAACGUGAACGCGAGCGAGAAGGGUCGCGGAAUGACAGUCGUGGUGGCUACUCCUACAACAAAUAUGGUCGAGACCGUGAUGGUGAUCGCAACCGAGAUCGCUAUAGCCGAACUGACAGUCAAAGCGGUGACCAUGACCGUCGAGACCGUGGCUAUGGAGGCGGUUCGGAUAGAGAUAGGCACAGCCGCGACGACAGAUCGCGUGAAAGGAGCCCGAAGCGUCCUCGACUUCAACAAUGCCGUAAAUGCCGUCGUGCAAAGUCCGCUUGUCAAUGUAGCUUCCGAGGCCGUUAGACGAGCAGCUACAAGAACGCUGAAGCAUUUCAAUGAGACCUGUGGUCAAUUACAGCGAAGCAUUUGCUAUCCAACUCGACGUUAGCUCAUUCAGAGCAUACUUAAGUACUUCGAAGUAUUGCUAAUGCCGAUGACUUCAAAA